AUUCUGUCAAAGUUGGUCCGACUUCAGAACAGGGCGACGUUCUGAACAGACUUAUUACUUAAGGUCGGCAAACGAGGGGCGUCCUGAUGCAGUGAGCCUGUGAGGGAUGAGCAAGCAGGUCAUGAGCAGCUGAGCAAUUGUGAGGAAGCGGCUCAAUGGAGCAACUGGCACAGCCUGGAGUUGCCCCGGAGUCUGAUGACGGGGGUGGUGCAGUGACGAAAAGCGAUGGAUUGGAGGGGACGCCACCAACGAUCGAAGAAGUUGAGUCUGAAAAUGCACCUGGUGUCCAAGGAGGGGUUGUCUCACGGAAGGAGAAACGUAGGCUUGCUAAGAAAGCAAAAAGGAAGCAGCAAAGAAUCAAGGCUGCUGAGGACCUGAAGAAGGAAGCAGACGCCCUCGCAAAGGAUCCUUUACACCAGAGACGGUUGCUAGACCAGCAAGCAGCAGAGGAACAGAAACAGCGUCUGGAAGAAGAGCAGCACAGGCAAAAUGAAGCACGGUGGCUUGAGCAAGAGAGGAUUCUGGCUGCCGCUACUGCACAGAAGCUGGAAGCUGCCUCGAUUGUCGAGGAGGAGAAGGUGGUGAAAGAGCUAGAGCCAACUCCAAGCGUGCCCAAGGAGCGGGCAGAGCCACCAGAAGCAGAGCCACCACAAGCAGGCAACACAGAGUCUGAAGAAGAGAUAGACGGGCCUCCCGAGAUCAUCUGGGAGGGCAAUCAGAUCACAGUCAGAAAAAGGAAGGUCAAGAAAAGUGAGGUAGAACCUGCCAUCAAGGAGGACGGUCCAACACACAAUCCGCUGUACGUUCCCAUCCAAUUUCCAGACACAGCUGUGCUCCUGGCUCAGGCAGAAUCAGACGCGGACAAACGGGAGCUGUGCCAGUUCUUCAUGCGGACUGGCGCCUGUCGACACUUUGACAAGUGCAGCCGCAAGCAUCCGUAUCCUUCUCCUUCGCAUGUCAUCAUGAUCAGGGGAAUGUUUACUGGCCUUGGGUCGCCGGGAGUUGCAAGAACGGAAGAUGAUGCUAACUUGGAGCUUACUGAAGACGAGGUUCGUCGAGAAUUUGAGGAAUUCUAUGACGACGUCCUGCCAGAGUUUGAAGCGCAUGGGACCGUUACGAACUUCAAGGUGUGCCGAAACCUGGGUCCGCACUUGAGAGGCAACGUGUACGUCUCGUUCACGGACAAGCAGGCUGCUGUCCAGGCGUUUGCGGCGAUCCGCGGGCGCUUCUACAGUGGAAAGCAGCUCGUCUGCGAGUACGCCCCCUUCACCCAGUGGAGGGCAGCCAUCUGCGGAAUCCAGCGGACCACGGGGCGGUGCCAGCACGGCGGCAACUGCAACUACCUGCACUGCUUCCGCAACCCGGGGGGUGCUUUCGCGCAGGCCGACUUCGGCCCGGUGGACCAGCCCGCACCGUCCCGCAGGAGCCGGUCCCGCUCGGCGGACAAAGCCACGCCGUACAGAAGUGCCUCCAGGCGCGAGGGGCGGUCGGUUCGGUCGCCCUCGAGGGGCUCGGACAGGCAUGAGCGAAGAAGAGAGUACGGAGCAGAUGACAGGUGGCACUCAGAGAGUCGCAGGAGUAAGAGAGAGCGGUCGGUUGACAGGAGGGAGAGGGACCGGGAGAGGGACCGGGAGAGGGACCGGUCGCACAGACGGAAGGGGUCAAACGAAGGGUGGGGUUCCACGUAUCGAAGUGAGAGUCAGAGUCCGCAGGCCCGAAGGCAUGGGAGGGAAGACCGGGACGAACGAGGCUGGCGGCAAUCGGAGAGUGGGCACCGGGAACGAUCGGAGAGGAGGCGCCGGGAGGGGUCUGGCGAAACAGACAGAUGGGGGAGCCAAAGAAGUCGGUCAAGGGACCGGACGCAAGACGGUUCGGAGGAACGGAGCAGAAGGGGUCGGGGUGGUCGGUGGGGUGAGGAAGUGUCGGUAAGGGAUGAACGGCUCAGUGAGGGACGAGAAUGGGCGCCGGGGCCACUGGUCAAUGAAAGGAACAAUCGAGAACCGGAGACCUCACGUGAGAAAUGGAAGGACGCGUCAAGAGACGAAGGGGACAGGUGGCAAGGUAAUGCCGACAAAGUGGUGGAGGGAGGGUCGCCGACUAAGGAACAACGGAGGGACGAGUCUAGAGAAAGACGACCCCACCGUUCCAAAAAGAAACGGAAAGAAGGAGGGGAGAGCGAAGAAGUGGCGGGAAUCCCAGGGAAAAGGACACGUGAGCCUUCGAGAAGAAAGAAGCACCGGAAGAUUGCAGAACAAACGGGGUUGGGAGACUCAAGCGAGAAGCCAGCAGAGUCACCUCGGAAGGCCCGUGCAGCGUUAGAGGUGGAUGAGGGACGUUGGAACCCAAAUGAUGGGCUCGAUAGCGUUGUGCAGGCUGGUGAUCUCGAAGUGGGUCUACCAAGUGAGGUAGGGGGAAUAGCAGCUGCAGAAACUGCGAGUCAGAGAGUCGAGAGCAGGCACGAGAAAGGUGAGGUCGCGCAUCCUGCGAGCAGUGUCUCGCCCACAGACAGUUCAGCAGAUAUAGACAAGCACCUCCUCAAUCUGCGAAGAGCGGUCGAGCAAUCCUUCAAGAGACGAAGACGGGAAAGAACUCAAGCAGAUAGCGAGGUCAAUGACGAGUUACCUAAUCAACAGAACGGUGAAGGAGGAUAGUACCUGAUGACUGCAACAUAUGCUCUUCGGGACAAGUUGCUUUUCCG